CGGGUGCCGAGAUGGUCGCAGCUGCGGGAGCAGCAGCGUGGGCGCGCGCGCGUUAGCGAACCCCGGCCGUGCGGCGUGUGCGUGCGUGCGUGAGUGCAGUGCGAGCGUCGAGCGUGCGUGUUGGCGUGGAGCGCCGUCGUGAUGGGCGUGCUGCGGUGGCGGGAGCGUGCCCAGGAGCGAGCGGCCAACGCCGUGGCGGCCUCGGCGGCGGCCGCCGACUGCCGUAAGCUGCAGUCGCAGGUUGACCACUUUGUUGUGGAAGAAUUGAUACGAGGAGGAGAAUAUUUCAAAGUGCACUUACGCUACAAAGCAGAGUGCUUCCUGCCCGAGCAGCAGACAGGGCUCGAACUCCGCUCUCUAGCUGAGGAAUUUGAGGUGAACAAAUUGCGUUGCGGCAGCCUUCGUCGGGCUCUUCCAAUUUCUCCAUCGUCUCUCAUUACCAUCUAA